AUGUCCCUCACAAGAGAGAAAUGUGGAAGCGUUCAAGCCCUCGGAGCCGAGAUCAGGAAGAUUCAUGCUGAGAAAGUUCUCCUUCACCCCGACUGCGUGAGCUCCGAGAUUGAGCGAACAUUAUUUUUCGUGAACGCAUUAGGUCCUGAAGAUGCCAAUGGUAACAUCACAAAAGCGGCACCCACGUUCGACUAUAUCGAGAACAAGGCAAUUGAGGAAGAACAUAGGAAGGGGCAAUUGAGCAAACAACCAACAGAGGCGCAUGCGCUUCCUGCUCUCGCUAUAAUCCGAGGGCCAGGUGACGAGAAAGUCGUACCGUCGGCCGACGGAACGACAUGUCGAAUCGAGAUCGAUAACGUACCAUAUUGCUCUCUCUGCCGAAAGCCUUAUCAUGUGGACUCUGAGUGCUUCAGCAAGAACCCGAGACCGAGGGAUCAAAAGAAAGACGGAAAGAGUCACAAGUCAAAGCCAGGCAAUUCACAUACAGGCGCACGCAAGCCGUUGAAGCGGCGGCCCACCUCGGAUGACGAAGGUGAUGAUGUCGGUGGCCCAAGGGAUCCAAAGAAGCCCACCAAAAUUCUGGCCAGAAAUUGCUCGAACCGCAGCCUUCCUCUCCAACCGGUCGCCGUCAUCAAAGCUCAACAUGACUCCGUACCAAGCCUGGUACCGCGACAAGCCAGACCUAUCACGACUCAGAUUGAUCGGAUCCAAAUGGGAAUACUUGAUCCCACCCAAGCAGAGGAAGAAGCUCAUAGAGCCAAGAACCAGGCCAUGCAUUCUACUAGGCUAUGA